GAUGACCGUGACAGGUCUCGGGCUGGCCGCCAUGCUCUUGGAACACAGGGGCCUGUUCUCAUACGCCAAGAUGUUGCCCAAGGGAAACGAUCGCCAGUUGUCUACCUCCACAGAGACGACGGCUGCACCGAUGAGCAGGAACGUGACCGAGGAUGGCUCGCCAUUUGUUGUGGAGGACUUGAUCUCCGAAGAGAGUGUCACGCCAAGCCUCAGCGAGGAGGCGCUGGCUCUGCAGAGGACUCCCUACGAGGAUGCUCUGGCGACGCUCCCUGCAUGGGAUUCUGCACGGUAUGAAAUGCUUCACGUGCUCCGAGCGGCCUCCAGGAGCUGGCUGAGCCAGAUUGAGAUCCACUUCGACAGCCUUGAGAAGAG